AUCAAUACAUAGUAUGUCGUUAUUAUAAUAAAUAAUUAUGACACAAUCGAGUAGCUGCAGAGAAUAGUUCUUUCCUUCACCAUGCAAACUUCGUAAUUUCCUCCGUUUCAAGCCACUGUUUCAUUAAGAUUUUCCAUGUUAAUCCAAGCAUUCUAUAAAUUAAUACAUACAUCUGUGCAUCAAAACGUACAACUAUACCUAGAUCCUAUACUAAACUCGUAGAUUGUAUACUUAUAUCAACUAGCUGAUUGAUUCUUUACAUUAAUAUAUGGCGUUGAAUUGGGGACCAGUCUUAAUGUCGGUGAUUCUGUUCAUCGUAUUGACGCCCGGAGUAUUGUUUCAAUUUCCGGGGAAGACCAAAGUGGUUGAGUUUGGCGGUUUUCAGACAAGCGGUGGAGCCAUUGUCAUUCACACUCUCAUCUUCUUUGCCUGCAUCACUGUCUCCCUUAUCGCUCUUCAUAUCCACAUCUACGCUGCCUAAUUAAUUUGACAUAACUUUAAGGCAUCGUCUUAUCCCUCUCGCCAGCUCUGCAUCAUUAAUUUUUCCUUGUCUUUUUGUUAUUGCGUUUUGAUAGCUUUGAUUUUAUGAUUUCCAUUAAUAAUUAAGUGCUUGUACUGGACUUGCAAUGAAUCCUUUUUCUUGA